UGGUAUCUAUACGUUUGAGUCACUCACAAAGAUUGUUGCCCGAGGCUUCGCUAUAGAUGGGUUCACCUUUCUCAGAGACCCAUGGAACUGGCUGGAUUUCAUGGUCAUCUCAAUGGCGCCUGAAGACCAUUGUGGGUGCUCUGAUCCAGUCUGUGAAGAAGCUGUCGGAUGUGAUGAUCCUGACCGUCUUCUGUCUCAGCGUCUUUGCUCUGAUUGGACUGCAGCUCUUUAUGGGGAACCUGCGGCAGAAGUGUGUAAUCUGGCCAAUCAACAUAACUGAACUGUACCCGGCUAAUGGCAGCAAGAUAUUUGAAUGGAGCGAGUACAUCAUGAAUGACCUUAAUUUCUACAUCAUCCCUGGUCAGAUUGAUGCUCUACUAUGUGGAAACAGUAGUGACUCAGGACGAUGUCCGGAGGGCUUUACUUGUAUGAAAGCUGGGAAGAACCCCAACUACGGUUACACCAGCUUUGACAGCUUCGGAUGGGCUUUCCUCACUCUCUUUCGCCUCAUGACCCAAGACUUCUGGGAAAAUCUAUACAUGCUGACUCUGCGAGCUGCAGGGAAGACUUACAUGAUAUUUUUUGUGCUGGUCAUCUUUGUGGGCUCCUUCUACCUGGUGAAUCUGAUCUUGGCUGUGGUGGCUAUGGCUUAUGAGGAGCAGAACCAGGCCACUAUUGAGGAGGCGGAGCAGAAAGAGGCGGAAUUCAAGGCCAUGCUGGAGCAGCUCAAAAGGCAGCAAGAAGAAACACAGGCUGCUGCCAUGGCAACUUCUGCAGGCACGGUGUCGGAGGUUGCGUUAGAGGAUGAAGGAGGAGGGCACUUGUCCCGCAGUUCCUCCGAGGUCUCCAAACUGAGCUCCAAGAGUGCCAAGGAGCGGCGAAAUCGCAAGAAGAAAUGGCGUCAGAAAGAGCAGGAGAAAGAGAAGGGAGACAGCGAGAAGGUUGUCAAGUCUGAGUCAGACGAUGGAAGCAAGAAAAGCACCAUUCGUUUCCCGGGAAGCCGGCUGGGGAGGAAGACAUCCAUUAUGAACCAGUCACUACUCAGCAUCCCAGGCUCUCCCUUCAUGUCGCGCCACAACAGCCGCAGCAGCAUCUUCAGCUUCAAAGGCCGUUCCAAGGACAUGGGCUCAGAGAACGAGUUUGCAGACGAUGAGCACAGUACGGUAGAGGAGAGCGAAGACCGCCGAGGCUCACUGUUCAUCCCUUACCGCCGCAACAGCUACAGUGGCUACAGCCAAGGCUCAUCACGCAUCCACCCACUGGCACCCCACUCUGGAGGGAAGAGGAACAGCACAGUGGACUGCAAUGGCGUGGUGUCUCUCAUCGGCCCUGGGCCCGGGAGACGGCUUCUGCCUGAGGUGAAAAUAGAUAAGGCAGCCAGUGAUGACAGUACUACCGACGUGGAGAUUAAGAAGAAGCACUCUGGCUCGCUCAUGGUUUCUGUGGAUCAGCUCAACUGCUCGUUCAAAGGAAAGGACCGAGCCAAUAGUCAGAUGAGCGUAGUCACCAACACACUCUUAGAGGAGUUGGAGGAUUCUCAGAGGAGCUGUCCUCCCUUUUGGUACAAGUUUGCCAACACCUUUCUCAUCUGGGAGUGUUUUCCCAUGUGGCUGAAGAUCAAACACAUAGUCUACUUGAUUGUCAUGGAUCCAUUUGUUGACCUGGCCAUCACCAUCUGUAUUGUCCUCAACACCCUCUUCAUGGCCAUGGAGCACUACCCCAUGACUGAACACUUUCAGGAGGUUCUGUCUGUUGGUAACCUGGUUUUCACAGGCAUCUUUGCUGCUGAAAUGCUUGCCAAGCUGGUUGCCAUGGAUCCGUAUUACUACUUCCAGGAAAACUGGAACAUCUUUGAUGGCUUCAUUGUGACUUUGAGCUUAGUGGAGCUAUUGUUGGCUGAUGUGGAAGGUCUGUCAGUGCUCAGGUCAUUCCGAUUGCUAAGAGUCUUCAAACUCGCCAAAUCGUGGCCCACACUCAAUAUGCUGAUCAAGAUCAUUGGAAACUCAGUGGGAGCUCUGGGUAAUCUGACUCUGGUGUUGGCCAUCAUCGUCUUCAUCUUUGCCGUGGUGGGCAUGCAGCUGUUUGGCAAAAACUACAAGGACUGUGUGUGCAAGAUCGCCCAGACCUGUAAACUGCCCCGCUGGCACAUGCAUGACUUCUUCCACUCCUUCCUGAUCGUCUUCCGCGUGUUGUGUGGGGAAUGGAUUGAGACUAUGUGGGACUGUAUGGAGGUGUCUGGACAACCCAUGUGCCUCACCGUCUUCUUGAUGGUCAUGGUCAUUGGAAACCUGGUGGUGCUGAACCUGUUUCUGGCCUUGUUGCUGAGCUCGUUCAGUGCAGACAAUCUUGCUGCCACAGAUGAUGAUGGUGAGCCCAACAACCUCCAGCUUGCGAUGGUCCGCAUUAAGACAGGAGUUGCCUGGUUUAAGGUUACAAUGGCAAGAGUGCUCAAGAAGCCUGACGAGGAUGAAGAGAAGCCUUUGGAUGACAUGUACGAGAAGAAGCUUAACUGCAUUGCAAAUCACACAGACAUCAACCGUGAGCUGGACUAUGCUAAAAAUGGCAAUGGCACCACCAGUGGCAUUGGGAGCAGUGUGGGAAAGUACAUGAUUGAUGAGGACUACAUGUCCUUCAUUCACAACCCCAACCUGACUGUCUGUGUUCCUAUCGCUGUUGGUGAGUCGGACUUUGAAAACCUUAACACGGAAGACUUCAGCAGUGAAUCGGAUGUGGAGAACAGUAAAUAUCUUGAUGACACCAGUUCGUCUGAGGGCAGCACAAUAGACAUCAAGCCUGAUGUGGCGGAGGUUGCAGUGGUGGAGGUAGUGGAGGAGUAUGUCGACCCAGCAGCCUGGUGGACAGAUGAGUGUGUGGCCAAAUACCCAUGCUGUGAUGUUCCCAUCACUCACGGCUGGGGGAAAUACUGGUGGUUCUUGAGGAAGACCUGCUACCUGAUUGUGGAGCACAACUGGUUUGAAACCGUCAUCAUCUUCAUGAUCCUGCUCAGCAGUGGAGCCCUGGCUUUUGAAGAUGUUUACAUUGAACAGAGGAAGACAAUCAAGAUCAUUCUGGAGUAUGCUGAUCGGGUUUUCACCUAUAUCUUCAUCCUGGAGAUGUUGCUGAAAUGGGUGGCCUACGGCUUUGUCAAGUACUUCACUAAUGCCUGGUGUUGGUUAGACUUCUUCAUUGUGGAUGUGUCUAUAGUCAGCCUUGUAGCUAAUGCGUUGGGCUACUCCGAUCUAGGCCCGAUUAAAUCACUCAGGACACUGAGGGCCUUGAGACCCCUCAGGGCCCUGUCACGUUUUGAAGGGAUGAGGGUUGUGGUGAACGCCUUGGUGGGUGCGAUUCCAUCCAUCAUGAAUGUGCUGCUCGUGUGUCUCAUCUUCUGGCUCAUCUUCAGCAUCAUGGGUGUCAAUAUGUUUGCUGGAAAGUAUUACUACUGUUUCAAUGAGACAUCUGAGCUGUACUUCCUCCCUCAUAUCGUCAACAACAAAACAGAGUGUUUAGCACUCAUGUAUGCAAACGUUACUGGAGUAAGAUGGAAAAACGUCAAGAUCAAUUUUGACAAUGUAGGUGCCGGAUACCUGGCACUGCUGCAAGUGGCAACAUUUAAAGGCUGGAUGGACAUUAUGUAUGCAGCAGUAGAUUCUAGAAAGGUGGAGGACCAGCCUAUCUACGAGGACAACUUGUACAUGUACAUCUACUUUGUCAUCUUCAUCAUCUUCGGCUCGUUCUUCACCUUAAACCUCUUCAUUGGUGUCAUCAUUGACAACUUCAACCAGCAAAAGAAAAAGUUUGGAGGUCAGGACAUCUUCAUGACAGAAGAGCAGAAGAAAUACUACAAUGCCAUGAAGAAGCUGGGGUCAAAGAAGCCUCAAAAACCAAUACCCAGGCCUCAGAACAAAUUCCAGGGCUUUGUGUUUGACUUUGUGACGCAGCAGGUGUUCGACAUCUCCAUCAUGAUCCUCAUCUGCCUCAACAUGGUCACCAUGAUGGUGGAGACAGAUGAUCAGAAUGAUGACACGGAGCUUGUGCUAUACUGGGUCAACUUCAUCUUCGUUGUGGUCUUCACGGUCGAGUUUGUAUUGAAGCUCUUUGCACUGCGUCACUACUACUUCACCAACGGCUGGAACAUCUUUGAUGUGGUUGUGGUCAUCCUUUCUGUUGUGGGAAUGUUUCUGGCUGACAUUAUUGAGAAGUACUUUGUGUCACCAACACUCUUCAGGGUGAUUCGACUUGCUCGUAUUGGCAGAAUCCUGCGUCUCAUCAAAGGAGCUAAAGGAAUAAGAACUCUACUGUUUGCCCUGAUGAUGUCACUUCCUGCCUUGUUCAACAUUGGCCUACUACUUUUCCUUGUUAUGUUCAUUUUCUCCAUCUUUGGCAUGUCCAACUUUGGCUAUGUGAGACACGAGUCUGGAAUUGAUGACAUGUACAACUUUGAGACCUUCGGCAACAGUAUGAUCAUCCUGUUUAUGAUAACCACGUCAGCUGGCUGGGACGGCCUGCUACUGCCCAUUCUUAACUACCCUCCAGAUUGCGACCCCUUACUUGAGAAUUCUGGCACACCCAACACAGGAAACUGUGGAAACCCUUCUGUGGGAAUCUUCUUCUUUGUUAUGUACAUCAUCAUUUCCUUCCUUAUUGUGGUCAACAUGUACAUCGCCAUCAUCCUGGAGAACUUCAGUGUGGCCACAGAGGAGAGUGCCGACCCGCUCAGUGAGGACGACUUUGAGACCUUUUAUGAGAUUUGGGAGAAGUUUGACCCUGAUGCGUCCCAGUUCAUCACAUAUUCUAAGCUUUCUCACUUUGCUGAUGCACUUGAACACCCGCUCCGAAUCCCUAAGCCCAACACCAUUGAACUGAUCGCCAUGGACAUGCCUAUGGUGAGUGGCGACCGCAUCCACUGCCUGGACAUCCUGUUUGCCUUUACCAAGCGUGUACUGGGUGACACUGGAGAGUUGGACAUGUUGAGGCAACAAAUGGAGGAGCGUUUUAUUGCCGCCAAUCCUUCCAAGGUCUCUUAUGAGCCAAUCACCACCACUCUGAGGCGCAAGCAGGAGGAUAUGUCAGCCAGAAUCAUUCAACGGGCCUACCGUUCUUACCUGGCAAGGCGGGGUUUUAUCUGCAAGCGCAAACCAGUCAAUAACAAAGUGGAGAAUGGCGGGAACAAUCAGGAACAAGAAAAGAAGGAGGGCACUCCCUCAACUGCCUCCCUGCCCUCUUAUGACAGUGUCACCAAACCUGACAAGGAGAAAGAGGAUGACAACAAUGAGGGCAAGGAAGGGAGGAAAGAGAAAGGAAGAAACCAAAAAGACAUCAAGGAAUCUAAAUGUUAAAGAGUUGGAUAAUAAUCACAGUAAUAACAACACAAUUAUUAUAAUGUAACUUCAAGCAAAGCGAGAGGAAACUCACCCACACAGAUGUACAGAUUAUUUCAUUUGCAAGUCAGAAAAAAAUAAUACUCAAUAAUUUUGUUUACAGACUUCAUUCUUAUAUUGAUGCAGAGGGAAGCAGCUUGGUAUGUUACAGCUUGAAGAUUCUUGAACUUCAAUCAAACUAAACAUAAUCAGCAUACUGUGUGACACUGUUGUAUCUAGACUACUGAUCUUAACAAAAGGGAAUGAAAAACAGACACGGAAAUGUCUUUGUCUGCUGAAAGGCAGAUCGCUCACUUUACCACUGGUCUACCGAGGAGACAAGUAACUCUACAUCAAGAGGGACAGUGAAAAAACACUAAAGGAAUUCAGCGCCUGGACGCGAGUAAUGGAUUCCUAUGGAAGACAGUGUUGUGAAAGAAAAACAAGGAUGCUGCUUGAUACUGAAGAAGUGUCCGCUUAAAGCAGCCAAUGAGUGCUUCUGUGUCAUUUAGUACUGAAAUGUAUAGAGGAGCAAAAUGACACACUCACUCUAUAAGAGCAAACAGAAGGAUGACUGGUGAGUGAAAGACACAAAUUACAGAGAGCGUUGGAAGUACUUUUCCAUUUUAUUAAAGCUAGAUAUUGUUCAUUUGAGCAGCAAAAAUGCAAACAGACAAAAAAGAACAAUAUUUAAUAUUUUGCCCAUGUCACUUAACUCUUCUACUCAUUUUAUCUUUGUUAUACCCACAUCAAAACGCUUUUUUUACAUGGGCUUUCACACCAAUUGGGUAAGGGUCUGUUUAUUAUGGGGUCAACUCGGGCCAAGGGCUUACAUUUACUGAGAAAGAUUUCCAAACAAAUACAUAAAUAAUUGUGCUUGUUCAAUGCAUAGAAAUGACUUGCAUGAUGGCAUGUUUUGAUCAGAAAUCUUGCAUGAAUUAUCAUAGUCCACAAGACACUAAUACUCAGACCACAACAGUGGCUCGACUGUAGGAUUGAGACAUUGUACAAAUUUGAAAGCUCAGAGUUCAGAGUAAUUUGUUUAACAAAGAUAAGUGAUAUAAGGGUUGAUAAUUUAAAAUGGAUCAGAAUUUUUGUCUCAUUAUUCAACACAUUUCAAAUGUUUAAAUUGUAGCCUCUAUAGACAGAAGAAUGGAAUAUGCUGAUGAAUAAUGCCACCACAGUGGGGGAAAUCCAAACAAUUUAUUUGCUGCUCUGGAGAUUUUGAGUGUGUAAGAUGUGGAAACGGAUGUCUGUGGGAUUCAUGGGACUGAAAUGUUUGUUAAUUUGGACAAAUGUUUUCAAGAGUGCAACACUUUGAAACUAAAAUGCUUAUAUUUAUAAUUUGUAUGCACCUAUGUAAUGUUUCAUACCAUCUGCCUUUAGUUUUGUGUGAGCGGGCAUUUUGGAAGUUCUACUGUCGGUCAUAAGUGGUUUGUGGGGAUUUCACAGGUAUGGCAAACUCCUUUCUAUUUAUGAUGUUUCUCUAUCGGUGGUUAGACCCUUCUGGAAGAGCUGAGAAGAGUUCUGAUUCUUAUAUAAUUUCAUGUCAUGUAGCUUAUUUACGUGUGUAUGUGUUGUUGUUUUUUUGUGUUCCCAGAUGUAAUUUCAGUGUUUUGUGGGUAAUUACUCUUACUUUACACACUUUUAUAAGCCACAUCCAAGAUGAUGUCGAGGGAGACGGUCUUGAGCUGGAACAUAUUUGUCGCGUCAGUAGUAUCCUAUUUUAAUGAGAAACAGAAAAUGAUGAAUGGGUGAUGAGAACAUUGUGUGUGGAGAAGCCAAAGAGAUCUGCCUUGUUAUCCCCUGUGGCCCUUUGUCCAUGGCGUCGGAUUGGGUGAAGUAUGCCCUGCCCAUUCAGUUUUUUCACUGUCAUUAUUAGACAGAGAGACCCUAGAAAUGUAUGCAAUGCUUGAAAAAUUCAUCCCUUUUUCUCAGGAGAUAUUAUAGAUGUACUAUUAUGAGCUCUGCAACAAAAUGCAAGUGAAUGUGAUGGGAGUAUUUAUGAGAUCAUGUUUUACUCUUUUGUGUUUUACGCCAUGUUGAUGGACAAUGAUCUCGGCUGGCUGCCUUAACUCGGCAGCCACGCGAUCAGGGGCAAAGUUUGGCGCUUCCUGCUUAUGACGCUUAGAAUUAUAGGGCUAGAAGGAACAUUUCCCUCGCUUGUAAGGGCAGCGUUUAUAUUGUUAGCAGAUUACAUUUGUGGAUGAGUCAUUAUGGACUAGUCUCAAUAAAUUUCGAUUAAAAAAAUUAUAAUGUACACCCCCGAUAGCAAUCCCAGAUAUAGGAAACACUGAGGAGAUGUCAUGAGAGUGAAUUGGGAUAUCUUAGUUUGAGCAGCACACUUAAAUAUUUCCAAAACAGAAGUGGCAUGCUCAGAGGAUAGGCCCUAGAUUUCAGUAUUGGACAACAAGUGCUCUGAGCUUCUCAUUUGCCAUUUUGUCGUCAUAUUGCUCUAAUGCAUAACAAAUACCAAAUAACCAACAGAGCACUGGAUGCAUUCUAAUGGUACUGUGAGCCUAAGCACCACACCACAGUUUUUGCACCUCCUUUUGUGCAGUGAUGUCACUUGUUUAUGAAUAACUCCCUCAUCCAUUCUCAAGUUCUAUGGUCCAGUUGCUGCAUGAGAUCUCCAAAAUCAGUGUGGGUGUUACCGUAAACCAAAUAAAACUGAAUGAUAAGCAUAAAAGCUACUGCCGUCCAUUUUCUCUUGGAUCAUCAUGGAUAUACAGAUGCGUAUUUCAGAAAGAAACCUCAAAAAUAGUCACCCAUUCAUACAUUCGGGGGGAAAAAUAAAAUGACAGUUUAGGCUAUGUUCUUUACGGCACAAACUGCAAAAGCGAAGAAUGGACUUUCGAAGAAACUAUAAAUAAUGUAUUAUAUUAUUUUAUUUUAACGGCAUGUGUAGUUUUAUGUAAAUACAGGAUUACUUAAAAAACUACAGCUAUUAAUCUAACACUAAAUAUAAAUAACCGUGAAUAGAAUGGCUUCCAGCUGACACCCCUUGUCACACGUGUUAGGCUGUGACACAUUUGUUAAAUGGAGUAGAUUUUUUUAAUUCACUUUUCACAAAAAAGAGGGGAGUAAGCUUAAAGAAUAUAUAUUAAAAAACAGAACUGUAUUUACAACUGUAUAAAUCAAUACAUACAGAGUUAUAUUACAUAUAUAUAUAAAUAUAUAUAUAGUAUAUAUAUAUAGAAUAUAUAUAUAUAUAUAUUUAUAUAUACACAUAUGCAUAUAUACUCUCCUGUCCACUCCUUGCAUUGAGGUGAUACCAGAACCAGAGAGUGUAACUGAUCAUGCUUCUUUCUUUUGUGUGGUAUGUUCAGAGAAUAACCAAAACUCUGGCCUGCCCAGGACUUCUACAUACUGCGUACCAGUGUACAAUGCAUGGUGUUGUACUGACUGCUUGCUGAGAAUUGUGGAGCCUGCCUUGAUGAGAGGAUUGCACUACCAGCAUACCCUUUUGUACACGUGUGAAGAUGUCUUGCCCCUAGUUUCCUGUAUUGUACAUACAAAAGAUAAUGCAGACACGGACGGACUCACACACACUUUUACACGCACGCACGCACAUACACACACACACACACACACACACAUAGCCUUUAACAGGCGACCACUGGUUAACCAGUGUGCCCCAGUAUGAGCCACAGCUAAUUUUGUGGAA